AUGGCGGUGGGCCACUGUCGGGCAUUGGAGGGGGAGCUGCUUUGCGCUGAUGCAAGGGGCCCCAUCUGGAGCCAGGGUUGCAGGUCUGCCUCGUGGAUAUCAUCCACCAAAAUGCAUCGGGCUUGGGCGGCGACCCUGCAUGAGAUGAAGAAUCAUCCGCACCACGAAGAUCCUCUCUCUAAGCAUCCAGUCACCAGACCGCAAAACGCUUUUUGGGCACAAAAACGAUCAAAAAAGUCCUCUGGGCGACCCCCCGCGUCAGGGGUCGCCGGAGGGGCCU